GUCUCACUGGUGGAUCAUCACCGUGUCACGUCAAUGAUUUCAACUAGUCCAAGUCCUUGAGGGUUUCAGCUUGUGUAGUGUGUAUUAACUAUAUCACCAUCACCAGCUUUAACCCAUCAUCUGUCACUCGACAUUUAAAUAAUUCAGUCAUAUAUUUAACAGCAAGUUACAACAAUUAAAAUAUGAACUGAAUAAAUAAUAAGUAUACAAUAAUAAAUAUGAAUCGCCAUCAGAUAUUGAGUGGAGCCUGCAAUGCAGGCGACCGCUGUUAUGCUGUCGGCUCUGUUGAAGGAAUAUCAUUUACUGCAUAUGCGGCAGGCUGUAAUAUUGUCAUACUUGCUAGUAAUUUUGAAAGAGUUCAAAUAAUACCAGGAGCUAUUCAUAAUUAUAUCAGAAUAAGUUGUCUUGAUUGUAGUACAGACACUGGAAAAAUAGCAGCUGCUUAUGAAAAUCAAAUUUGUAUAUUUGAACCGACUCCACUUAUUCAUAGCACUUGCUCACAUCAACUGGAGUACAGAUGGGUUCAAACAGGAACUUUAUUAACGGAUUCAAACAUCACAUCGUUGUCAUGGAAUUUAGAAGGCACUCGAUUACUAACUGGUGGGGAGCUUCUGCAGUUGUGGCAUCAAAAUAUUCAACCAUUUCAAGAAGAACAGACAAAAGCAAAAACACAAACGGAAGAAACGACAACAAAAGAAGCCGAACAAAAUGUUACGGGAAAUUCAUCACAAGAUCCCGACGGAGUUACAUUUUCCAUUGGCGGGGAAGCAGAAAGUCCUGGUCCAGGUGAUUCAGCGGCUGCUAAUGAUCCAGGUUCAUGGAGUUGUGUUUGGAAAUGCCGAACAGCAACGCCGGUUCAUCUGAUGAGCUUCAGUCCUGAUGGUACUUUGUUCGCUACCACUGGACGUGAUGAUAAAUUAGUUAAAAUAUGGUUUGAAAAUAAAAAUCUUUUUCCAAUGCGAAGUAUGGAUCAAUUGAGUUACUGUCAGUCGUUGUUACAUGACAGCUAUAGCUUUGUUUACAUAGCUCAUCCACGCGCGGUGACACACUUAUCGUGGCGGAAGACUAGUAAAUAUAUGCCGAAGGGCUCUGUAUCAAAUAUGCUGGUAACAUCAUGCCGCGACAACAUAUGUCGCGUGUGGGCUGAAACAAUACCACCCGAGAUCGAAGGGCUGGCUAAUAUGAGCCAAUUUGAAGGCUCCGAUAGACAUGGACACCAUGGUAAACAUCGUCAUCACAGUAUGCACAAGCAUCGGUUUAUGCAACGCCUUAAACACAUGAAGACAUGUUUCCAUAUAAGACGUCAUGCUAAACAGCAGCAGCAUCAAGCUGGUCAUUCCGCGCCAACUCUACCUACCUUACCUUCGACCUACUCCGUUCAUGAUUUCCAUAAUAAUUAUCAAGGUUUUGGUCACUAUCCCGGAAUGCACUUUCAUUUAGCUGCCAGCAUCAACGCUGAAACUGAUAUACCACUGGUACCAAGUCUCAUUACCGGAGAUCCUGACAGAGAACCAAAUUUUAUAUUACACUGGUUAAAUAAUAAAGAAAUGUACUUUACUAUGCAAGCGGAAGGUAUUCUUCAGGAGCUUACGCGAAAAGUAGUAGAAAAAGAAGAAGGCCUACGUAAUCAUGAAGCAGAUCAUGCUGAGCAUGAUUCCGAGGACGAACAUACACCAAGCAACAUCUUAUCGUGUUACGGUUUGGCGCAUUCUUUAGAGAAAGGACCGAAGCACCAGUCAAAUAAGUCAGGAGUCGGCGGCAGGACGACAAGUCAAGAUGAGCACAGCAGUGAUGAGCAUCACACAGCACAUACUGGAUCUUCACAUCACAGUUUGCCAUACAGUGGACACUCUCACCAAAGUCUGAGCAAUACUACCUCGAUAAAUUCCAUAGCUACAGAUGCAACAUCAACGAUAAAUCAUACACCGGACUCACUGGACACUAAAAUAGAAACUUUGCUACGUGACUGGCAUCACAAUCCUGAUCUUUUGUUCUCAAUCCAUCCGAUUGACGGUAGUUUUUUGAUAUGGCACAUCGAGUGGCUUGACGAAUAUCACCCAGGCUCAUUCAGACAAGCUCAGAUAUCAUUUUCUACGCGCAUACCCAACGCAUUUCCUCUAGGUGAUGCCUCGACAAUGAGCCACAACGUGUCUAUGUAUUCACACAACACAGGUGGGCCCCUUCUGAGCAUACGAGAAGUGGCCAAGUCGGUUUCAAAACCAGCUGAUCAUCCUGAAGUUGCUACUCCACUACCUAGUCUUAUUGAACAGGAUGAAGAUCAGUCGACGUUAACUUCAAAAGCUGGACAAGAAUUGUUGCAAAAUGUCCAAACGUUUGUUACUUCUAAAGACAAUGCGAAUGCUGGAGAAGAUGCUACUGCGGAAGCUGCUAAACAGGGUCAAGAUGCCGUUAAUGAUAUGCUAAGACACCCGAGUCCGAUGGUAUCAAUGGUUUCGAAACACUCUAAUGGAACUUUGAAUCUUUGGCAACUGACGUUUGGUGACAAGACUAAAUUUUCCCAAGUAUUGAGUAUCGGACAUGCUUGUCGGGCUUCAGGUCAUCGGUUUCGUGUCAAUGACAUCACUUGUCAUCCAGUUUUACCUCUAUUGGUAACAACAUCUCAUCACAAUAUUCCCGAAUUUAAUCCCCCGAAUCCGGACGAUGCAGAAAGUGAGACCAUUGGAAAUCAUAAUAAUCAAUCUCACAGCAAUGAUUUAUUAUCAGCAACUGGUUUUUGCAGUGAAUUAAUUCUCUGGCGCGUUGAUCCAGUCGGUCCAUUGUCUAAAAGCGGCGGAGUAUCUGAAUUAGCGCGUAUUAAUUCGCUUGAAAUUUCAGCAUUCAGCAACGUCGCGUGGAUUCCCACACUAUUACCCAGUACAACUCUAGGAAAUCUUUCAAAUUCCGCGAGUGCCUGCUUCGUCGCCAGUGACGGUCAAUGUUUACGGGUUUACCAGGCAGUUAUUGAUGCACGGACACUGCUAGCCGAGGUGUCAAUCAGCGAGAGAAAAAGCCGGAUGAUGGAUUCCAUGGCAAGUUUGUCAACAGACAUAUCAUCAGAUGACGGAGUCCGACAUUCUAUUCACGACAGAAUAAAAAUAGUUUCGCAGCAAUCAACUGCACGGCCAGGUUGUAUAAUUCAACUUGACGCCAUCUCCGACGCAACGCAUGACUGGCAAAAUACGCAAUUUCUUCAUGUGUUUCAAGAGCAACUCAUCACCGGUGAACGUAACGACGAGAAACAACCGGGAGUUGACACAUCAGCCAAUGACUUAGGACUAAUGGAGUCGACUCUCGAUGCGAUGGUCGAUCUCCAGCAGUCAGCAAUCUUCGAGGAACCUUUUUACAUCGUCGUACUUGAGAGAACGACCAAAGGAUCUACUGUGCACAUGUGGCGACUAGUCAUUGCUUCCCAGCCGGAAACAAAUGGACUCACUGGCUCGAUGAUGUACGUGCCAGAUUCCCACUUAGUCCAAGAUGAAGACGAAGAAGGCACUCCGGGUCGUCACUCUGAAGGCAGACGAUCUCGCAGACAAAGUCAGACAACUGGUGGCAGAAGUAGAAGAUCAAGUCAAGCUGACUAUGAUUCUUCUUUCGCUCAUCAUCAUCACCAUCAUCACAACAGCCAUGUCCUCAUAACAACAACAAAAGUUUGUACUCAAGAAUUGCCACUUCCUGAUGGGGUUGAAGUCGUUCACGCAUCGCCAGCCGCCGGACAUCUCAGCAGUUCAUCAAUUUAUCCAGCUUGUUUUGCCCCUUAUAUUAUCGUCACCGCGUGUAAUGACAGCACUGUACGUUUUUGGAAGUGCAAAGUAACGAAAAAUCAAGAUGAUCAACUGUCAUACGAGUGGUGCGAAUGGGAAAUGUUUAGAAAAGAUCAAGAAUCAGCAAUUGACAUCUCAGGAACGCCAUUAAAUGUCAGUGCUGCUUAUAGCGGGCGUAUUGCCUGUGCUUAUAAAUACGGAAAAUCAUUUACACGUCCAACAAAAGCUGAUCCAGACUCACGUUAUGUUAAUUUAUGUGUUGCUAUUUAUGAAUGUGAGAGUACUGGUGGCAGUGAGUGGAUACUAGAGGAUACCAUUCAUCUUAAAAAUAUUCAUUUACCUCGUAUUCAAGUUGAUCAGCAUUUAGAUUUGAGUUAUUUAUAUGACAGUAGAUUUUUACAAAAGAAACAACGUUUAAAUCAAGUCUUACAAACACUCAGUCAUGAAGAUAUAAGAUCACCGAGAAAUGGUGACAGUGAAGCUAAAACUACUGCUGGAUUAUUGGCAGUGCCGUCAUUUAGUACACUGCAGUCAUUACGUAAAUCAAUUAUUGAAAAUGGUAAUACUUGUCCAUUAACUCAGAAACAUUUAGUUCAACUUGACUGGGUAUCCAAAGAAGACGGUUCUCAUAUUUUGACAGUAGGCGUUGGUUCUAAAAUAAUGUUAUUUACACCAGUGUGCUCGGAUCUCGCUCAAGCAAAUAUGAAAGCUAUGAAAGAAUCGAAAAAUAAUAAUCGUCCAAUAUUAAGAAAAACUUCAUCACUUGCGCAGCCUCAAUUCGUUGAUGAAAUUCGCUGGAUGAAGCUGAGGAAAAUUCGGCUAACAACUGCCGAUGGAUUACCACCACUGCCGAUGCAAAUAUCUUGGGUACGUGAUGGUAUUUUAGUCGUAGGAAUGGACUCCGAAAUGCAUGUUUACUCGCAGUGGAAACCGAACCCGAAAAAUGAGUGUCUUCACUCGACUCUGCAGCACCAAGAGUCUGAUGAAUUUCAGGCAUCGCGAAAUUUACGUGACGAAGACUUGAGAACUUUAGCACAAGAGACAUCACAAAGAAGACUGGCCAAUGUAUCAUCAAUACCUCAUUUGUCUCGUGUGAGUAGUAUUAAUUUAACGAUGCUAGAUAUUAAACGUAAGCGCGGACUACAAAGCGACACUGUGACAUUUGAUUACAUGCCGGAUUACGGAUUAUUUGAAGCUUCGCGUAUCGCUUGUCCAGUUUUACCUCAGUACCACCCGAAGCAACUUAUGGAACUUUUACACUGUGGAAAAAUACGUUGGGUAAAAGCCAUACUCGCGCAUCUGGUGAAGUGUAUCGCAACUACCUGCGGUGCUAAACAAGACGAUGAAAAUUACUCUAAGCAACGGAGCGGGUGGACACGGACACGUACUAUGUCUGUUAAUUACACGGGAACAAGUUCACCUCUCGAGCAGCGGGGGUCGACAACUCAAAUUCCUGAAGAGUUUUUGCUCGAUUACGCGGAGAUUGUUUUCAUAACACCGCUGCCACUUUGGCGUUUGCUGAAAGCUGACAAAGAGUCAUCUGCUACGCAGACGCAAGAUGAAGAUAAGCAGGACUACAAUGAACUUUUUGAUGGUCACAUUGAUGAAGAAGAAUCUUUGGAUGCCAUGUUAGAGGAGAGCUAUGACAGUUCGCGGCAAAUGGAUCGCAGAUCAUCAAUUCCUGAGAAACAAAGUGGUGCUCACUUCGGACCACGUGAAGGCCGUCAGUUGUCCCAAAUGCUGACGCACUCUCAUCUCCCAGGACUGUCUAGUUUGGAUCAGAUGCAUUUACUUGCUCUCGCUGACACUGUAUCAACUUGUGACGUCGAUUUCGCCGAACGGUUUGCUAUCGAUGCGGCAAAGACUGCGAUAGCCAAAGAAAAUCUCACUGGUAUUCCAGACAGCGAAAGUGUUUCAACAAAUUCCCUUGAUGAUUGUGGUCUGAGAUUUCUUCUCGCAAUGAAACACUACAAUUAUCUUAUCCGUUGCCUUCCGCUGUCGCAACGCGCACAAUUUCAAAAACAAGGAGUAUCAACAAACAAUUUAGUGUGGGCAUUUCACUCAGAAACAGAAGAAGAAUUACUUGGAUUGAUUCCUUCGUACGCUAAAGGUCAACCCAAGUGGUCAGUUCUCAAAGAACUUGGUGUCGGUUGGUGGAUUCGUAGUAAUGCUGUUCUCAAAACAUGCAUUGAAAAAAUAGCAAAAGCUGCAUUCCAACAAAAUCAAGAUCCACUUGACGCUGCAAUAUAUUACUUAGCAAUGAAAAAGAAAAAUUUAGUAUGGGGUUUAUUUCGUAAUAAACGUGAUGAACGCAUGACUUCUUUCUUUGCUAAUAAUUUUACAGAAGAUCGUUGGCGAAAAGCGGCGUUGAAAAAUGCAUAUGCGCUGUUGGGUAGACAGAGAUUCGAUCACGCAGCGGCAUUCUUUUUACUUGCUGGCUCUCUACGUGAUGCAAUUGAAGUUUGUUUGAAUAAAUUGAAUGACAUUCAGCUUGCGAUGGUAAUAUCGAGACUCUACGAAGACGAUAUAACUUCGACGGAAUUCAAACGUUUGUUGUAUGAAGAAAUUUUAGGCUGCGAAGAGAAAAAAACAGUCACGGAUUUAAAUCGUGUGCACCCGGAUCCGUUUUUAAGAAGCAUGGCGCUCUGGAUGUUGAAAGAUUACUCGGGAUCAUUGAAUACUCUGCUGCUAACUAAUGUAGGGACACUGCACUCACAGUACAAUGAUGAGUCUGAAAAACCUGAGGGUGCUACUGCUAAUCCUAAUGUAUUUAAUUUCUACGUUUAUCUUCGUACACAUCCGCUGUUAAUUAGACAGUACAUUGCAUCAACUGCGCAAGACAAAAAGAAAGCAACAUCAGUGGUGUUGUCAGGAUUUAGCUAUGGAACUGAUUCAAAUAAAAGUCAGCCAGACAAACAGCUUACUCUGGAAGACAGUAUAACACCUCUGGAAAGACAGUUAUACUUUACAACAGCUCAUGCUCAUUUCAAAGCCGGAUGUCCUGCGCUGGCACUUGAGGUCUUGUCGAAAUUGCCCAACAAAGUUAUGGAAACCAAUGGUGAAGACACUCCAAGUCUCUUGAACAGUCCGAAUAAAUCUCGAGCACAAAACUCGUUGAUAGACACAGGUAUGAUGAGCUGGGAUGCUCCAACACAAGUUGAUAAACCAGCGGAAUCAAGUUCUGCGAUGGAUUGGGGCAGCUCAGCAGUUGACUGGUCUCAACCAAUUAUCAAAGAACCUGAUGAACUUGAACUCAAGUGGGACGAUGAUGAACCUGCUGAAGACGCUGAAAGUCCGCCUUUGAGUAUGGAUGUAGAGAAGAAGACUGAGGAUUCGAAGCAGCAGAGUAAAAGAGCAGACUCUCCAAAACCAGUAGGACAAUUGGAUAUAAUGGCACAGCAACUGAAAUUCGUAGCAUGUUUAAAAAUUUUGAUGGAAGAACUUUCGACUCUUGCUACGGGAUUCGAAGUCGAUGGCGGACAAUUGCGGUAUCAGUUGUAUAUUUGGCUAGAACGAGAAGUUGAUGCUCUCAGACAGCUUUGUAAUUACAGUGUAAAUACUGAUGGAGAUGUGUCCAAUAUUAAUGAAUACGAUGGUAUUAUGGGUGAAGAUGUUGGACCUUACAAACCCGGCGAACAAUUAACGUUGCACGAAAUCUUACUGUCUGAAAAAUUAGACUUUGAGGCUAAAGUUCAAAGAGCAGCAAGACGAAAAAAAUGGUUAAAAGCUAAUGAAACACUAUUAAGAACGAUGUUGUCUUACUGUUCAUUACACGGUGCAUCUGGAGGUGGAUUAGCAUCAGUAAGAAUGGAAUUAGUUUUACUACUUCAAGAACUACAGCAAGAAAAAACCCAACAGCAAUUACUAAGUCCUUUACCUUUCCCAACAACUUUGCCGCUUCUGAGUGCAAGUGUCGCUUGUAAUAAGACAGUCGUUGCAGAUCCAGUAAGACAUUUGCAGUCUCUUGCAUACGACAUGCUUCAAACACUCGUAGAAUUACGCAGCCCACCAACUUUAAGUAACAACGGCUGUUACUAUGAAAUUUUUACUUUGCGUGAUUUAACCGUAGCCUUGAGUUCUUGUAUCUAUCAAUCUCUUUGUGAUUCCGACACAACCAAAAAUCAACAACCAGAAAUAUUUCCCGCCAUUGCCGAAGUCGAAUCAUUCUCCGGUGGUCAUUUAGUUGCGUCAAACAAAAUCACGCGUCGUUAUUCAUUAGAUGAAACUGUAACAAUAACAACUCCACCGUCCAAGUGGCCUGGAGUAACGAAUCUUCGUGCUCUGUUGGCCCGCGAGAAAGACGAAGACACACCAAAGCUAAACAUACUUUUAUGCGAAUCCUUUGUCUCCACAUAUAUGAGUCUAUUUGUCUAUGCGUUAGCAAGCUGUGACAGUCAUUUACUAUUCCGUCUUGUGGGUCAUCACUUUGACAAUAACACGUGGUCAUGCUUAUUUGGCGGUGGUGUUAAAAAAUUAGUGCGUAUUGCAAGUACUAAUCGCAAUGACAGUGCAUCAGUUGUUGUUGAACGUACUGACAGUAUUUCCGGUGAUAUCCAAGCUGCUGCUGGUGGUGUUUGGAAUACAAUGACGUCAUUGACUAAACAACGUGUGAAAUUGAAUAUGAAAUUAUUGGGACAAUUCACUGGACAAACGCCGAAUAUCAAAGAAGACAAACCGACAUACCGCGAACAAUUUGUAUCACCGCAAAUGAGUAUGGUGUCAUAUUUUUUAAUGAAGCCAAGAAUUGAAAGCGAAUAUGCUGAUGAAAUAGACUAUGACUCAUCGGACUCGGCGGUAUCGGAUCUUGGGUCAUCGGAAGAAGAAGAAGAUGUGUUUGAUACGAAUGCUAAACCAAAGAGUAAACCAAAGGACAAUACUGAGCAUUUAAAUUCAAAUGGUUACAGCUGGUGUGUUAUGAGAUUGGCUAUAGUUAAAAUACUUAAGCAACAGCUCCAAGAUUUUUUAAAUGUUGCGGGUAUUGAAUUACAAGAAUUACCGGUAAGCAGUCCACUGAUACACGCGGUAUUGGGUGUUGUUGCACAGUGGGAAGAUUCACUUAGAGAAGAAUUAGAUGCCAAGGGACCACCGCCGGCAAAUUACAUUCUUGGAUGUACACCUGACCCCAAUCCGUCACCUAGCAAACCCGCUAUUCACAAAUACCGCGCACUGUUGGAAAAAGAAAACACACCUUUUAAUACACGCCUUGCGAGCGCUGCUCCGGUUAAUCGGUUGUGGUGUUAUCUUGUAAGACAAGAGGCCGUUCAAGAUAUUUUUAUUCGUGCGGUAUUUGGUAAGCAUCGUUCACUGUCAGCGAUGAUGGAAAAUGCACAGUCUGCUGUUGAUAGUGCAACACGUAAUGGCAGUGAAGAUAAAGGAAGUGAUAGUGGUACGACAAGUCUUCCUGAGCCUGUUAGAAUUAUUCAUAAAGAACAAGAUAGUAUCAGUGCCUUUUGCCUCAAUCAGGUUAAUCCUGGAUUAAUGGCUUUAGCUACGCCACGAGAAGUACAAGAAAUGGAUAUAUCCUUAUUAUUAGAACUUCCAUCGUGGCUUGAAGAUGAAUGCGAAUUUGAUAUUAUUAAUUUAAAUAAAUCUGUUGAACCAGAACCUGUUCAGCCAACUAGUUUCUUAGUCAUACAAACGGCUGCUGAUAGGCCAUUGUUAGCACAAAAUCCAUUACCAAAUACUCCACAACCACAAUCAGGAAUUGCUAGUCAGAGUGGACGUGGAGCAAGCGUGAUACUCAAGCACAAAAUUGAUGGAAUAAGAAGAGUAUCAGCACAUCCAUUAUUACCUCUGUACUUAACUGGAUCUCAAGAUGGAUCUGUAUCUUUAUGGGAAUGGGGCCAUCAAACAGCAGUAUCAACUCCAAGACCAGCUGGAACAUUUGCUAAAGUAACACGUGUACAUUUUUCACAACAUGGUAAUAAAUUCGGAGUAGCUGAUUCAGAUGGACAUCUCAGUUUAUUCCAAGUCGCGUGUCGUGAAGGAACAGCACGACCUUUCUUUAAUUACCAAUGCCACAGUAAAGUAACUGCUGACUUUGUAUUCCUGGGAGCUUGCAGUCUUGUUGCAACAGCAGGACACGGUUCUGAAGGGCGUAAUGUCGCUCUCUGGGAUACAUUACUUCCACAAAAUAAAUCACUCGUCCAAGGUUUUACGUGUCAUGAUCAGGGAGCGAGUUCAGUAAUUCUUGCACCUCAGCAUCAAUUAUUAAUAAGUGGUGGUAAGAAAGGUGAUAUUAAUAUUUUUGAUGUACGACAAAGACAACAGAGACAUCGAUUCCAAGCUCAUGAAUCAGCCAUUAAGUGCCUGGCACUUGAUCCACACGAAGAAUUUUUUGUUAGUGGAGCUGGUGAUGGAGAUAUAAAAGUAUGGGCACUCACUGUCCAUUCUUUAUUAUACUCAUUUCCUGGUGAACAUCCUCGAUCAAGUUUCUUUAAAAAUAUUGGCCAGGGUGUAACGCAACUGCAUGUAGACUCCGCUGGUCGUUUAUUCUCGUGUGGUGCAGACGGUUCAAUGAAAGUUCGUCAGUUACCUGAACGGGAUUGCGUAGUACAUUCAAUUUAUUAGGACUAAGUUUAUUAUUUAAUCAUAAAUCGCUAGUUGAGUAAGUAAAUAAAAGUGGGUAAGAGGCAAACCAAAAUAUAUAAUAACAAUUACCAUAAAAUAUUUAAACGUAAUGGUUAAAGUCAAUGAAAAAAAAAUAAUAAUACCAAUAGUUAUAAUAGUAGAAGUAUUAAAAAUAUAUUUUUGACAAUCAAAUUUAAUUUGUUUUCAUAUAGAUUUUUAAAAAAUAAUUAUUUUGUCUUACAUUAAAUUUCUUCCAAUUUUUUAAAUCACUGCCAAAGUUACUGAAAUAUUUUAUCUGUAAAUUCAAAGUUUAAGUUUCUUUUUUUUUCCCUGACUAUAACCAUUCACGGCCGACGCUAUCGCUUAAUAGAUAAAUAAAUAAUUGCAGGUUAAUUAUCAAAGUCUCUAUGAAUAAAUAAAAAAAAAAAGUUAUAAAAGUAUAAAAAAUAUUUAAAUAAUCGAAUUGAUAUAUUGUAGCAUGUAAUGGCAAUUAAAUCAUCUUUGCGUUUUAAAAAUAUUUUACUCGCUUUAGAUGCAUUUGAUAUGCAAUCAAUCAUUAGUAUAUAUCUAUAUAAAUAUUAAAUAACACUAUUAUUUUAAAUAAUUAUUUUAAACAGCAUUUUUGCAUCACAAGGCCUAUUUAAAUUUAGUAAAUUAUCUAUAACAUUCUACUCUUCCUUUGUCUAUUUAAUAAUUAUUUAUAUAUAUUAGACUGCCAAAUAAAAUCGAUACUUUUUUUCGACCUGACACGAAAAUUAUAUUGGUUGUAACAUAGAUAAAAUAGGUAUCAAGUAGGCUCUUUAAGUCAAUUAAAAAUCGCGCGCUCACUUGAAUAAUAUUCCGUUUAAAAAACAUGGGAAAAGUUUUUCUUUGAAACUUUAAAUGGAAAAGACCAUAAUGUAUUUUUGUAGAGAAUUGAAUGCUCUAUAAAAAAGGUCUCUUAUGAUGUUUUGAUAAAUCCAGCCGUUCAAAAGUUAUUUAAGGGGGGAAACGGGUCUGAGAUAAAAAAAAAAAAAAAAAAAAAAAAAAAGAGCGAAUUUUUGUGAUUUUUUUUUCAGAGUAGUUUCUUUAUUAACAUUUUUAAAAUUUGUGACAUUAUUAAGCAACAUUCUAAGAAUAUUCUGAUAAAUUUUCAUAAAAAAAUUUUGAAAAAUAAGCCAGUGGUAGUGGGGAGAGACAAGUCACCUCAAAGUCUCCAUGCCGUAAGCAAAAUAACUCAUAACUGUCUCAUCUGAAAUAAAAAAACCAAAAAGAUUUCUUUAGUACAUAAGUUUGAUAGAUUUGAACGAAGGAAUAAACUAAAUAUUUAUUUUUGAAUUUUUGGUAAAGGUGCAAUCAAAAAACUUUGAUUUUUGUCGAAAAUUGCUCCUUUUGUUUAAUUAAAAAAUAAUUAGUUAUUGAAAAAAAAAAUCCUUCGUUCAAAUUUAGGGAUAAACUUAUGUACUAGAGAAAUCUUUUUGGUUUUUUGGUUUCAGAUGAGGCAGUCAUGAGUUAUCCUGCCUGCAUGGAGAUUUUUUUUUAGUGACUCGUCUCUCCCCACUACCACUGGCUCAUUUUUCAAUAUUUUCUUAUGAAAAUUUAGCAGAAUAUUCUUAGAAUAUUGCUUAAUAAUGUCACAAAUUUUAAGAAUUUUAAUAAAGAAACUACUCUGAAAAAAAAAAUAAUCACAAAAAUAUAAGCGAGCGCGCAUUUUGUAAUUGAGUAUAAGGGCCCAACUUCACACUCAAUUUUUUUUAUGUUACAUUACCGAAGAAAAAAGUAUCGAUUUAUAUGGCACAGUCUAAUAUAUCUUUAAAAUCUUUCAUCUAUUAAAUAAAAAAAUAUUUAUCAUCUCUCCUUCUUUUAUAUUAAUAAUUUUCUUCAGUACUUUUUAUCUGACUGCAUUUUCAGUAGCAUCAGUAGACUUGCAAACAAAUAAAAAUAAACAAUAAUAAAAUAAAUAUUUAAAAAGUAUAUACAGUAAUAAAAUAUAACAGAUAUUUUUGUUGACUAUAAAUGUGUGGAGUAUUGCAGCUUUCAAUCAGGAUAAAAGAACCUAAACAUAAAUAAAAACUAAAAAAAAAAAAUAUCUCACUCUAUUCUAUUAUCUAUUUACUCUACUGUUAAAUAUAUGCGUGAAAUGAUAAUUAUUAUAAUAAUAUUAAUAUUACAGAGUUAUUUAUAUUAUAAUAAUAAUCGAUUGAUAAUAAUAAUAAUAACAACAAUAACUGUAUAUUAAUUAUUCGACGCCGAAUUGCAUGAUAGACGUUAUCAUUAACAGCCAACGAUUUCAAGUAACCAAGUCAUCAAUAAUAUUUAUUAAACCAUGAAAGUAAUUAACUAAUAUAUACAAUAAUAAUUAUAGUUAUUUAUUUUAUUUAAUAGCAAAUAAUAAAUAAUUAAAUAAAUUUGUUACUUGAAAUUGUAAUGAUAAUAUAUUUAAUUAGGCACCAGCUUAUGAGCAAUCCGUUGGACCCGCAUUCAUUUUUAAAAUUAAACUUAAUUUUAUUUUUACUCUUUUUGUUAGCUUUGAUAGUUAACUUUAAUUUUAAAAAAAAGUUCCCGCUUUUAUUUGAAAAUAAAAUAAAAUUCUUAAAAAUUAUGGUUCAAUUUAACGCUCAUUCAAAUGAUAAUUAAUUAAUUGAUUUAUUAAUUUAUAAUUUAUAUACAUUGUACAAUAGUUAACUUAUAUUUAUAUUAUUAUUAUUUUUUUUAAAAAGCCGCAGGUAGGCGAUUACACUAUCGAUAGCAGAGUCAUUACGCUUAUCCAUUAUUCGUAUAUAAAUAAUUCUCAGUAUAAAUAUUUGACAAAAAAAGAAGUAAAAAAAUUAGUAUGUAAUAAAAAAAAUAAACGAAUUAAUUUCCGUAUGAUCUUGUAAUGCAGAUUGUUCAAGAUUGUUGGAGAUCGAGUGGUCUAUAAAGAGGCUUAAGCGUCAACAAAUUGAUUGAUAAUUAAUAGCUAAUAAUUAAAUUAUUUAAAUAAUUAAUAAAACUUGAGGAUAAUAAAUUGCACUUGGUCUUGAUUAUUAAGGCAAUCAUAUUAUUCGAAUAAAUUGUUAAAACAAAUGUUAUGUGAAGUUAUAUUUAAUAUUAAACAAUAAUAUGUAUGUAUAUAUAUAAAUAUUGUGUAGAAAAUGAUGAAAACUAAAAAAAAAUGAGUAUAAAAUUAAUAAUGAUAAUAAAAAAAACAAUAACGAAAUGAGAUCGUAAUAUAUAUUGUUAUUAGUUAAGAUAAAUUACGAUAAUAAAGCAAUUAAACACAAAUGUAUGAACUUAUAUAUGUAAAAGUCAAAUUACAGUAUUGUACACUUUAU